CAUUUUAUUCACACACUAUUUCAAUAAAUAUUUUGAAAUAUAAGUUCAAAUGCCCUUUUUAAAGCAUACGGCUACGCCAAAAACUAUGUAUUUAAAAUAAACAAGCAUCUAAAAAUAUCCAUAGACAUUUAACAUUUGUACUCGGUGACCAUCCAUUAUCUUCUCAUCUCCCAUAGCAUACAUAUUGCGAACAUGCAUAAACAUCUAAACACUUACAGGUGCAAAUACUUAUAUAUCAAAUUCGACUCUAACUUAAAUAUGCUUCGGAUAUCACAAAUGUAUUGUAUAGUACUAUAUUGGGAAAAUAAAGCAUAUAAUCAUUAAAAAGUAAUUGCAAUGAUAUUCACUUCGUCAUACAUAAUCGAUGGGUAAUUAGCAACAUAAUUGAUUACGACUAAAUACGUUACCGUUACAUUUCGCACAAUGAAUAAUACUUUCAACUUACCUGUCACCACAGUCACACAUAACUACCAAAUGCCACCACGAUCACAGUUAUCGCCAAUACCAUCACAAAAUUGUAAAACAACACCGUCGCAUUCCCCCAAGUGUACCUAUACAAAUCAACUAAGCACAUUAAUGCAGGAUUCCACAAUCCAGGCAGGAAAUUGUCAAAGGCUUCAUGACCUAUUUAAUGAUCGAAAAAACCAAGAACUUGACUACAACACCAGAGACAACAUUAACACCAAAUACCAACAUUAUUUUGGCACUAUACGUAACACUACCAGCGGCGGUUACUUUGAACGUAUUAAAGAAAAAGUUGAAAUGGAUAACAAAAGUGAUAUAUCUGCAAUGAAUAAUACUUUCAAUUUACCUGUAAUCUCAACAACACAACCACAUCUAGACAUCAAAUAUGAGCCAAUAGGCGCUGCAAUGCCAAUAAAGUUUACAGCAGUUGAACAACAUUUGGAUCCAUACAGAAGCAACUACCUAAUGUCGCCACAGUCACAGUUAUCGCCAAUAUCACCACAAAAUCGUAAUGCAACACCGUCGCCUAUCUCACCUUCCACCAACGGUGCUUAUACAGACCAACUAUGCACACUAAUGCAGGAUAGCACAAUUCAGGCAGGAAAUUGCCAAACGCUUGAUGCCAUAUUUAAUUAUCGGGAAAACCAAGAAUUUGACUACACCACAAAAGACAACAUUAACGUCGACAAUAACAACGCAAAUUACCAAAUUACGAACGGACAUUAUUUUGGUACUGUACGUAGCACUACCAGUGGUGGUUGUUUUGAACGUAUUAAUAAUACCGCUGUACCAUGUACCCCUGUGACACAUAAUAUUCAGGUUACAGAGCAACGGCUCCAAAAUCCUAUUUCAGAUAAGGAAGAGAUUGAAAGAAUUAUAUUGGAUCUCAUGCAAACGCCUAUAACGCAUUCCCCUGCUCAACUAACUGAUCCCAAGCAAAACAAUUGCGAAGAUAACGCAAAUAUCGAUUUUUUUUAAAUAAUUACCGCAAAUAUAAUGAGAAAUUAAUAUUUGUUCAUGGAGUAAGGUUUGAAAAUCUUUCUCUGCUGUUAUAUAAUUUAAAAGUUGGCCGGUUAGACUUAGGCAUUUUUUAAUGAAUAUAUGAAUAUGUAUGUAUAUGUAUAUUCAUAUAUUUUUAUUAAUGUAUAUAUUUCAAACAAUACACUUAAUUAUACUUGAGACACAUAUUUUAUUACUCGUAAGUAUAGACAACACCUCUAUAAUUAAUGUGAAUAUUAGGGGUUUGGCUUCCAACAUGUAGAUGAUACCGUGAGAUAAUAAUAAAGCAAAAGAAAUGUGAAUAAAAUGAUUUAUUUGUAUAUAUGUUUGUACAAAAAUUCAACAUUUUCAUGAUCAGAAUUAUAAUGAAUUAAUGAACCUUUUUAAACAAGAA